UCAGAUGUCCCGCUAGCCACGGCUCUGGCCUCCAGACCCUGCGUCUGCAGCAGCGGGGGCUGGCGGCCCUGGCCCCUGCUCGGCCCCCUCCCCCAAACACAUGUCUCAGAACUAACCCCUCCGCCCUCCCCUGCGGGGGGCAUUUCCCCGUGCCCCCUGCCCGUCCCAUCCAACUCCAGCGCCAUGAACGACCAGUACCACCGCGCGGCCCGGGAUGGCUACCUGGAGCUCCUCAAGGAGGCCACCCGGAAGGAGCUGAAUGCCCCCGACGAGGAUGGCAUGACCCCCACACUCUGGGCUGCCUACCAUGGCAACCUGGAGUCGCUGCGCCUCAUCGUGAGCCGCGGGGGUGACCCAGACAAGUGUGACAUCUGGGGCAACACGCCCCUGCACCUGGCAGCUUCCAAUGGCCACCUACACUGCCUGUCCUUCCUGGUGUCCUUCGGGGCCAACAUCUGGUGCCUGGACAACGACUACCACACCCCGCUGGACAUGGCCGCCAUGAAGGGCCACAUGGAGUGCGUGCGCUACCUGGAUUCCAUCGCGGCCAAGCAGAGCAGCCUCAACCCCAAGCUGGUGGGCAAGCUGAAAGACAAGGCCUUCCGCGAGGCGGAGCGGCGCAUCCGCGAGUGCGCCAAGCUGCAGCGCAAGCACCACGAGCGCAUGGAGCGGCGCUACCGGCGGGAGCUGGCCGAGCGCUCCGACACGCUCAGCUUCUCCAGCCUCACGUCCAGCACCCUGAGCCGCCGGCUGCAGCACCUGGCGCUCGGCAGCCAGCUGCCCUACUCGCAGGCCACGCUGCACGGCACCGCCAGGGGCAAGACGAAGAUCCAGAAGAAGCUGGAGCGGCGCAAGCAGGGCGGCGAGGGCACCUUCAAGGUCUCGGAGGACGGCCGCAAGAGCGUGCGCUCGCUCUCGGGCCUGCAGCUGGGCAGCGACGUGAUGUUCGUGCGCCCGGGCCCCUACGCCAACCCCAAGGAGUGGGGCCGCGCCCCGCUCCGGGACAUGUUCCUCUCGGACGAGGACAGCGUCUCCCGUGCCACACUGGCGGCCGAGCCUGCCCACUCGGAGGUCAGCACCGACUCAGGCCACGACUCCCUGUUUACCCGCCCCGGCCUGGGCACCAUGGUGUUCCGCAGGAACUACUUGAGCAGCGGGCUGCAUGGGCUGGGCCGCGAGGACGGGGGGCUGGAUGGGGCGGGCACGCCGCGGGGUCGGCUGCAGAGCUCCCCCAGCCUGGACGACGACAGCCUGGGCAGUGCCAACAGCCUGCAGGACCGCAGCUGCGGGGAGGAGCUGCCCUGGGACGAGCUGGACUUGGGCUUGGACGAGGACCUGGAGCCCGAGACCAGCCCGCUGGAGACCUUCCUGGCCUCCCUGCACAUGGAGGACUUUGCCGCCCUCCUGCGGCAGGAGAAGAUCGACCUCGAGGCGCUGAUGCUGUGCUCUGACCUGGACCUCCGCAGCAUCAGCGUGCCCCUAGGGCCGCGCAAGAAGAUCUUGGGGGCCGUGCGGCGGCGGAGGCAGGCGCUGGAGCGCCCGCCUGCCCUGGAGGACACAGAAUUAUAACCAGGGGCUCCUCUCCCCAGACCAAAAUGAAUUGCAAGUUGCCACAACUCACAACGGUGGGGCCAUGAGGUCCUCACAGCUGCCAGCCCUACAGCUCCCUUCCCCAAGAGCAAGGACCAUGCGGGUCGUCUCCUUUGAAAGCCUGUCCACACCCUGAAGCAGAGGGUGUGGCCUGGAGGCACCCAGAGGGGCAAGAGAACGUUCCAGGGCACUAUUUCUCCAGGGUCCUGAAGGCCUGAACCACCGCCAUCUGAGCAGCCCUAAAGGACAUGUGGCUUCGUGGAAGGACAGCCUCAGAGGGAGGGUAGAGCACCAGAGCUGGACGGGAGUGUAUGGGACGGGCAAGGGGGAAUGGCCUGUCACAGGUGCCACUGUCUCUCCCCCACCUCCUCUAAGGGGCUGUUCUCUCUGUGCCCA